AUGUCAGCCAGCAUUACCAACACAAGCCUCAACAGUCCUGUCGCUGUCACAAUUGCGGCACAGGUAUCAACAACGCCAGCAUUGGCAAAGUUCGAUGCCGAGGAUCCUGCGACAACAGCACCCGCCGUGGUCGAUACCAUACGCCGUGACGGCGGUGUCAUUGUUAAGAACCUGAUCAACCAUGACUUAGCCAUGCAGAUAAAGCAAGAACUCAAACCGUACUUCGACAAUGACCGCAUUGAUCCAACAGGCUUCUUCCCGGAAACCACCAAGAGGGCGAGUGGAUUGGUUUCCAUCUCCCCUGGCUGUGUUGACUACUUGACUAAACCGCUGGUCAUCGACGUGGUCAACACAUUACUAUCGUCGACCUACUCUUUCUGGCUCGGUAAGAAGUUGAGGACAGUAACCUCUAAGCCACAAAUUUCUUCCACGACUGCGUUCAGGGUCAAUCCAGGUGGCCGAGCUCAGGAGCUUCACCGUGAUGAUGCGGAUCUACACCCACGUACCGCCGACUUUCCAGUGAUGCUUGGGUGCAUCGUGGCUAUUUCCAAGAUAACCAAGGAGAACGGAGCGACACAAGUCAUUCCUGGAUCUCACGUAUGGGGUCCUGAAAGGGCACCGGAGGUUUACGAAGCGAUCCCAGCUGAGCUCGAGAUUGGUGACGCCCUCUUCUUCUUGGGUAACACCUACCAUGGAGGGGGUGCCAACACAACAAAGGAUGAAGUCCGAGAGAAUGUCGGCCUCUUUUUCACCAAGGGAUUCUACCGGCAAAGUGAGAAUCAGUACUUGAUGGUGCCACCAGAAAAGGCCAGGCCUUUGUCGAAUCAGGUCAAGAGACUGCUCGGUUAUGGAAUCAGCCCACCUGGGAAUGGCUUCUACCAGUAUCAAGAUCCAAUGAGGGUGUUGUUUGGAGUUGAAGAUGAAGAGACUGUGGAUUUGUGA